AUGGUGGAAAUUGAUAAUUUAGAUCAGGAUAAUGUUACAAACAUUGCAAAUAUUGAUGACCAAUCACACUAUUUCAACAGCGCAAGAGAUUUAUCCACAAGUGAUGAUGAUUCGACAGAUUCGAAAAGUGAAUCUUCGGAAGUUAACAUUCCAAUAGUCUAUGAGCCGCAGGAAUAUAUAAAUAAAACAAUUGAUGAACUAAGGAAAAUUGGUAAAUCUGAAUUUGAAGGAAAAAACUAUGCCAAAGCCAUACAAAUAUACACCUAUGCUAUUAACCGCGAUUCAUUAGACGAUGAAACCAAAUCCAUUCUCCUAUCCAAUAGAGCCGCUUCUUAUAUAAACCUUGGCUCAUGGGAUGAUGCAUUGGCUGAUUGCAACGAAUCCAUCAAGCUUAAUUCCGAAAACGUAAAGAGUUACGUCAGAAGAUCUGCCGUGCAUCAGGAGAUGAAUAAGUGGCAUGAAGCAUCCAAUGAUAUACACAAAGCAUUAGAGCUAGAUCCAACACUCGUGGAUGUAUACAAAUCUAAGGCAGAUUAUCUCAAGGGGAAAUCCGAUGCGCAAUUGGAGAUUGAAAAGGCAGAAGUCAUAUCCAAAUUGAAAGAUUUAGGUAACACUUUGCUUGGCAAAAUUGGCCUCAGCCUCGACAAUUUCAAGGUUGAACAGAAUCCCCAAACUGGGAGCUACAAUAUACAAUUUAAGCAGUGA